UUUUGGCAAACAGUUAAUGCCACAUCAUAUGGAAUCGUAUCAUCAGAGGCCUUCUUGUGUUGUGACUGGCUUUAGUGGCAUUGCUGGCAGGACUAUAGGGAGAUCAAAGAUGCAUUAAGCACAUUAGACAGUUUGGGUUCAGACCUUAGGGAGAAUGUAAGGCAUUGUCUUGACUUAUGUUGUGGUUCUAAAAAGACAGAACUGGACAGAUAGAAACACACAAGCAUACAAUAUGCAUGCACAUACAGUGCACUUGUGCCCACACACACAAACACACACAUGCAGAGUAUCCUAUUCAUGAUUCAGAAGCGGACAAUAUUUACUUCCCUACAUAAGGACCUUCAGACAUAAUGGGGUUUCGGCUCAAGACAGGGGAUUAGAACCAGAUUUCUGGUCUCUUCCACACAUAUAUCAGAGUGUUUACUGGGGUGAGUGACGCUCGAUGGACUGGUGCGUAAGAAGAUUUUAUUACAAACAAACAGGCUUGAUAAUAAGAUUUGUUACAUUUUAUUGUUUUGUACUUUUUAUGUUUUUGGAAAUUAAUGUCUAAUGGCUUCAAGCUAGUAGUUUUAAAUCUUAAAAAUGUACCACUGGUUUUCAAGUGUUUAAUUGUGUGAGUAAAGAUUUUUAGAUACAGAAACAAAUGCCCUCUGCAAGAAAACCUGUUUGACAGGUUAGCGCUCAGUUUCAUAGAUGAAGUAUUUAAGCUUUAUAUUAACAAAGGAGCUAAUCCAAAAUCAACAACUACUGUGACAAAACUCACUAUUUACAUUUAAACCUCAAGUCUAAAUGGAUUUUAGAUAUUGUGAAAGACCUAUAUUGAACUUUUGUUUAUAAACUUUUGCAGGAACAUAAUACAUUUUUUAUUACAGUAAAGUUCUGACCAGCUAUUAUGUAACAUACCAUAGCAAAGGUCGAGUAUUUCAUGUUUUAUUUGAUUUUAAAUCUAAAGAGAAACAGUAACAUUGUUUCUUGUAAACUCACAGUUACACAACCAAAUUUCAAUAUAUAUUUACAAUGGAAUAUUAUGGAUUUUAUUAUGCACUGUAUGUUUUAAUUCACAAAUACACCGAAGAUUUCAAAUCACUAAAACUUUUAUUAUCAUGUAAUAAAUUUCCAGGAAUUUCCCAAGCUCAGCUGUUGGGUUUCCUGUAAGCAAAUACUAUCCACUUUCAUUCCCACACAGAACAGAUCGACAGGACUGGACAGGUAGCCUGUUUACAGUGAGGAUUUUUUAAUAAUUUGAAACCGGAAUGAUGAAACAUACUAGAACCAGAAACAACUGUGUGAAAAAUGAAGGUAUAAACACAAACAAGGAAGAGCUAAGAAGCGUGAGAGACAUGGUUAUAUGGUGGAAUGGAAGAGGACAGACAACAGUGGGAUCAGGAAAUUCACAAGUGUAUGAUUUGACUGAUGAUCUCAGCAAGAAGGAAAAUGUUUUAGAGGUGCUUUAUCCUCUCUCUCAAACUCAAUCAAUAAUGAAUAUCCAACCUGUAAACACGUUUGGAACUCAGGAAGAUGGAAACAAACCAAGUCCCACAAACACAAGCCUGGUUUAUUUCUCUGCAUGUAUAAAUGGUUCUACUGAACUGCUUCAGGACACUCAAUGCCCGACCUCGCAGCUCCUGUGUGGCUCCUGCCGUUACCCCUGCUCUUCUGCUGCCUGCCCCAACAAGCUGUGCCCCCUCGUCUCCACACUGCUAACCUGUGACUUGGUAUCAGAUCCACAGAGCAGAGUGUUUGGUUGUCCAACAUUCAGAGCCUGUCCUAAAUGUCAUAAUCUGAUUAUGCAUGAAAAGGGAUGCAAAUUUGUAAUAUGCAAAUCAUGCACUCACCAGUUUUGUUUUAUCUGCUUGGAAAGUGAUUGUAGCAAGGAUAAAGCAAACUACUGGGAACUAACUUGCACAAAGCCGAGAGCAGAAAGACAGAGAUUUAUGGGACCACAAUCCUAAACAGAGAUUCCUCCCAGGGUUGGAUAAUAUUGUAUAAAAUGCAAAUGCAAGAUUUGUUAAUUGCUAUACAGAAGUGACCAGUAAAAUAAAUAUUUUCACAAUCAUGCAAUCUAUAAAACAAAAAUAGCAUUGCAUCGAUCCCAUCUUUUUCUCCUGUGCUUUAAAUCUAUGCUAUGACAUACACCUGACUGACUUGGAGUUUCGUCAGCAGGCAUAACAACUCAAGUAAAACUCAAUAAAGUAGGACCAGUUGACACAAGCUGGUUUGUACCUUAUUAGUGAAACUGACUGUACAUUAUCUUUAUUAUGACUCUCUGCCACUCUCUUUUCUACCUAAUAUGUAAGAAAUCUUAAAAGAACAGCUCAUGGUGCAAUACACCAUUCCAUUUGAAGUAUUAAUGCAUUUAAGUAUUCUUAGUAGCAACCUAUUUUUUAUUUGGUUCUUCUUAACAGUUUACUUGUUUUCCUUCCAAUUGUGGUGUUUUUAAUGUUAUUGUUUAUUGUCAUCACUUCAUCUCAUUCAAUCUAACAGUAUUCAUAUUAAAGUCUUAUACAACAAAGUA